GUUUCCAGGGAAACUGGCUGUCAGAACAUUUUCAAUACAACACACUAACACUCACAGCAGAUAACAAGGAGAGCUGCCUGCCUGCCUUCCUCUUGCCUGCCUGCCUCCCUCUUGCCUGCCUGCCUCCCUCCCUCUUGCCUGCCUGCCUGCCAAACAGAGAAACAGAUCCUUCUGGAACCACAAACUCUAGCUCACCGCAAUCAGAAUCUAUGAACAACACACAGGAGAGGGAGAGAUAGGUAGCUUGAUUCGCAGAGAUGAGAUGUGGCUGUUAUAGGAGACCUGGACUGUGGACCAUGGGAAGAGUCCUCUCACUGUUGGACUGCUGAGGAACCUCUGACAUCACACCUGUUUGCACAGGAACCUCUGACAUCACCACUGCCCCUGAGGAGCCUCGUAUGGAUACCAGUCACCAGUCUGUCAAUCAAGACUGUCAGCCAAAAUCUCACGUGCACACUAUGAUUGGUGUAGGGGUGGAUGGGGAGUCGUUGGAGCACGGAGACACAACUAUCCUACCUGUCACAGCUAUUAGAGCAGUGGACUCAGGUGAUGUUGCUGUUCAGCUGGACUCACACCCUGUGGUGGAAAGCACUCAGAUUACAGGGCGUGCUGAGUUUGAAACGCCCACUGUUCUAAUACUCCCCUCAGUACAGGACCGUGCAACAGAGGAGGACUCCUACUUACCCCAAAAAUAUCUGAAUAACCACCACCCAGAGUGGGAGGCUUCACACAGAGAAUACUCUCUGGAGAAGGAGGAGGAGGAGAGAGAGAAAGUGGAGAAGAGAGGGAAAGAGGAUGACAGAAAGAAAGAUGGAGAGAGAGAGAAAGAGAAGGAGUUAGGUAAAGAGAAAGGGAUAGAUGAAAAGAUAAAUAAAGACAAAGAGAAAGAGAAAGAGACAGAGAAGGAGAGAGCGACUGAGACAGAGAAGGAGAGAGAGACAGAGAAGGAGAGAGAGACAGUGAGACAGCACAUGCAGACCCAGGUUAGUCUGGAGGUGGUUCAGCACCACUCUGUAGCCACCAGCCCCAUGACCCCACCCCAGGAGGCCGGCGCCGACGCCUUCCCCUUCCCAGCAGCCUCUAGGAGUCUGAAGGUGGUUCAGCACCACUCUGUAGCCACCAGCCCCAUGACCCCACCCCAGGGGGCCGGUGCCGAUGCCUUCCCCUUCCCAGCAGCCUCUAGGAGUCUGGAGGUGGUUCAGCACCACUCUGUAGCCACCAGCCCCAUGACCCCACCCCAGGGGGCCGGCGCCGACGCCUUCCCCUUCCCAGCAGUCUGUAGGCCGGGGGCGGAGACUAAUGACGCAGAGCUGCAGGUGGUGCACCAGGUGGAGUUCCGUUCUGUCGCCACUGAACCCAUGACUCCAAAAAUACCCAACAGCCCCAUCAUCCCCUCUGCCUUCCCAGAGCUCAGCAGGAGAGAAGGGGAGGAGAGGACGGAGGAGAGGAGAGAGAAAGAGGCGAGGGACGAGAGGGAAACUACAACUAAAUGUGAGUCAGACCCUGUUGUAGCCCCGGUACUGAAAUGUAGUGCUCCGAAAGAGGAUGUGGCUGAAGAGACAAAGUCUCAGUCCAACAUCCCUCCAGAUAGCUCUGCUUUCUCAGAUCCUCAGACUGACGGACUCUGUCACAACCAUGCUGAUGAACCAGAACCAGUGGAGGUUGAAAGGAGAGGGCGACAUGGGGCGACUGGGGACGCUGUCGAUCAAGAGAUUACCAUUCUGGUUACCCAGCAUGGCAGCAUCGGAGUUGUGGAACAAGAGGAGGAGGAAGAAGAAGAGGAGGAGAGAAAGGAGGAGGAGAGAAGGGAAGAGAUGAUGUCAUUUAUUCACUCUACUGAGCCUGAGGGGUCUGUGGAGGUAGACAACAGUGAGGGGGUGAAGAUCUUUCCUCCGGUGCCCCAAAACAGCCUGGACGAUGGGAGGAGUGACAACGUAGCUCAACCAGAAAGCACAGAGACUGUCAUGAACCCCCACUCACACGGAAACAGACAGGAAGAUUCUAUCCCUCCUUCCGGUGAAGACAUCCAAACAGAAACGAAGCAGAUGACAUCACCACAAUCUCUGACUAAAAACAAGCACCCUGAACAAAUAGGAGAGGAAUCGAAGCUCUGCUUUAGUGAGGAGCAAACCAACCAGACAGAACAGCACAGCCUAGUGGACAGGAGUGGAACUCCUCAACCCAACCAGACAGAAAAGUGCAGCCUAGUGGACAGGAGUGGAACUCCUCAACCCAACCAGACAGAACAACGCAGCCUAGUGGACAGGAGUGGAACUCCUCAACCCAACCAGACAGAACAGCACAGCCUAGUGGACAGGAGUGGAACUCCUCAACCCAACCAGACAGAAAAGUGCAGCCUAGUGGACAGGAGUGGAACUCCUCAACCCAACCAGACAGAACAGUACAGCCUAGUGGACAGGAGUGGAACUCCUCAACCCAACCAAACAGAACAGCACAGCCUAGUGGACAGGAGUGGAACUCCUCAACCCAACCAGACAGAACAGCGCAGCCUGGUGGACAGGAGUGGAACUCCUCAACCCAACCAGACAGAACAACGCAGCCUAGUGGACAGGAGUGGAACUCCUCAACCCAACCAGACAGAACAACGCAGCCUAGUGGACAGGAGUGGAACUCCUCAACCCAACCAGACAGAACAGCACAGCCUAGUGGACAGGAGUGGAACUCCUCAACCCAACCAGACAGAACAGCGCAGCAUAGUGGACAGGAGUGGAACUCACCAAACCAACCAGACAGAACAGCACCACUCUGAAGCCUCCAGCCCCAUUACCCCACCCCAGGAGGUCGGCCCCAACGCCUUCCUCUUCCCAGCAUCCUCUAGGUGUCUGGAGGUGGUCCAGUAUCACUCUGUAGCCACCAGCCCCAUGACCCCACCCCAGGGAGCCGGUGCCGACGCCUUCCUCUUCCCAGCAUCCUCUAGAAGGACGGGGGCGGACACUAAGGACGCUGAGCUGCAGGUGGGCCAGCAGGUGGAGUUCCGUUCUGUCUCCACAGCACCCAUGACUCCAAAAACAGCCCCCGCCACCCCCACAGCCUUCGUAGAGCUCAGCGAGAGAGAGGGGGAGGAGAAGAAAGAGGAGAGAGAGGGGGAGGAGAAGAAAGAGAAACGAGAGAGGGAGGAGAGUACAAAAGAGAAGAAGGAGGACAGAAGGGAAGAGAAAUCUGAAGUGAACGUAAAAGAGGGUGAGGAGCAGACAAAGCAAGAGGAGAGGUCAGACGAGCCAGUGCAGGAGGUGAGGUGGGACGAGAGGGGGAUGACGUGGGAGGUGUAUGGAGCGGUGGUAGAGGUAGCCGUCCUGGGCUCAGCCAUACAGAAACACCUGGAAAAGCAGGUUGAGAAGCUCAGGAAACAUCCCUCUUCUGCCCUGCCUCCUCCCCUCAACCCAGCCACCAUGCCUCUGCUCUCCACCCCUCCUCCCCUCAAGCCAGCCACCAUGCCUCUGCCCUCCACCCCUCCUCCCCUCAACCCAGCCACCAUGCCUCUGCCCUCCACCCCUCCUCCCCUCAACCCAGCCGGUAUGCCUCUGCCCUCCACCCCUCCUCCCCUCAACCCAGCCACCAUGCCUCUGCCCUCCACCCCUCCUCCCCUCAACCCAGCCGGCAUGCCUCUGCCCUCCACCCCUCCUCCCCUUAACCCAGCCACCAUGCCUCUGCCCUCCACCCCUCCUCCCCUAAACCCAGCCGGCAUGCCUCUGCCCUCCACCCCUCCUCCCCUUAACCCAGCCACCAUGCCUCUGCCCUCCACCCCUCCUCCCCUAAACCCAGCCACCUUGCCCCUGCCCUCCACCCCUCCGCCAGCCUCUGGGACCACCCUGGGGUUGUCAGGUAAAGUCUUGGCCUGGAAGAGAGGGGAACGGGAGGGGAAGAGAGGCAGGCACCGGAGGAACCCUUUCCGUUUGCUGUUGAAGAACAUACAGCAGCCCAACUGUUGCUCCCGAGCUCAUUCCACUGAGUGA